AUGGCUCCUCCGCGCCCCUCCUACGCCAUCGACGACGGGGAACUCUCCAUCUCCCUAAGCUCCUCCCAGAUGCGACGAGGCAGCCGCAUCAAUGUCAACAGCCCCCUCAAGACCCCCGACAACACCAAUCCCGCUCACCAAGACUUCGUCGACCCCCAGAAGCCCUCCUCCAACAUGGCCUCCGCGGCCACGGCGACUGCGGGGCCCAUCCCUGAUAAGGUCAGGACAGACCAGCGCAUCGGCCAGUACAACAUCGUCAAGACACUCGGCGAGGGCUCCUUCGGCAAGGUCAAGCUGGCCGUGCACCGGAGCACCGGCCAGCAGGUCGCCCUCAAGAUCAUCUCCCGCAAGAAGCUCAUCAGCCGUGACAUGGCCGGCCGCGUCGAGCGCGAGAUUGAGUAUCUGCAAUUGCUGCGGCACCCACACAUCAUCAAGCUGUAUACCGUGAUCAAGACGUCCAACGAGAUUAUUAUGGUACUCGAGUAUGCCGGCGGAGAACUGUUCGACUACAUCGUGCAACACGGCCGUAUGGAGGAAGAUGAGGCACGGCGUUUCUUCCAACAGAUGCUCUGCGCCGUCGAAUACUGCCACAGGCACAAGAUUGUACACCGAGACCUCAAGCCCGAGAACCUGUUGCUGGACGACCAACUGAACGUCAAGAUUGCCGACUUUGGUCUCAGCAACAUCAUGACGGACGGUAACUUCCUUAAGACGAGUUGUGGUAGUCCGAACUACGCUGCGCCAGAAGUGAUUGGAGGCAAGCUUUAUGCCGGUCCAGAGGUUGACGUAUGGAGCUGUGGCGUUAUCCUCUACGUGCUGUUGGUCGGCCGACUACCAUUCGAUGAUGAGCACAUCCCCAGCCUGUUCGCAAAGAUCGCAAGAGGGACAUAUGCGGUGCCAAAGUGGAUGAGCGCUGGUGCUGCCAGCAUGAUUAACCGGAUGCUCCAAGUCAACCCGGUACAGCGUGCAACCAUUCCCGAAAUCCGACAGGACCCUUGGUUCAUGAAGAACCUGCCCGAAUAUCUGGCGCCGCCAGUCGAGCCCUUCUACAACACCGGUAUCGACCCUGACAAAGCCAUCAAGCCUUCAGAUAUCGCCCCCAACGCCCCCACCAAGGUGCAAGAAAAGCUCCAUAAUGAAGUGACGGAGAAGAUCUCCAAGACGAUGGGCUACGGCAAGAAGGAUGUCCAGGAAGCGCUCGAGGCUGCUGAGCCGUCUGCAAUCAAGGAUGCGUACAUGAUUGUGCGCGAGAACAAGCUGAUGCAGGUUAAUCCCCUGCUCGGAGAAAACAAUCCUUAUUUCCCAUCGUCGCCACCGAGUGUUAAUGAGGUUACUUCAGGCAUGGAGUCGCUGAACACAGAGAUGGACCGAGGCGCAAGCCCUCUUGCGAGUUCUGCGAGGUCGAUCACAUCCAACAGCACCACAGCUUCACCGCGGCCGUACGUGUCGAAGGUCGGUAUCCUACCGAGUAGUCUGACCGCAUAUCAUAAAGAUUUUAUGGAGCGGGAGAAGGCUGGCUUCGAGGACCCACCAGCACCUCCUGCUUUGCCAGAACCUGGUCAUCCUCGGUCGGAGGACGAGCGCCAAGAGACAUUGCGUCGGUUGAAGCCCCAUGCCCGUAGUUCAGAUUCUGCCAAAAGACCGCAAGGCAUGACUCCUGUGAACCCUCCAAAGAAGCCGAAGGCAACUAGGUGGCAAUUCGGCAUUCGUUCGCGCAAUGCGCCAUGGGAGGCUUUGGGUGUCAUCUAUAAGUCACUCUCUAAAUUGGGCUGCAGCUGGGUCCCAGAUGAGGACUACGAAAAAGUUCAUGGCUCCGAAGAUGACCAAAACGGCGGCGAGUCACGAUCUCACCGUCGCUCAGCAAGCAGCCGGUCGACUGACCCCACCAAGAUCUACAAGCUCCCAGCGGACCCAUGGCAUCUCCAGGUGCGCUGGGAAACAGAAAAGCUGCGCAAGGGUCCGCACGUGCCUGAAGACAUCGUGCAGGACCCCGCUGUCGUCAAAAACGGCGACGACGAAUACCAGGUUGUGGCGAUGCGCUUGGACAUUCAAAUCUACGAGAUGGCAGAGCCGGGCUCGUAUCUCGUUGACUUCAAAUGUGACGGUUACGAGACGCCUGACGGCAGGAUCCUGGAGGAGAAGCAGGUUACGAGCCCCUUCCCCUUCCUAGAUCUCGCGGCAAGACUUAUCAUGCAACUGGCGGAUGCGGAGUGA